CUUACUCGGAAAAAAGAAACCUCCACAUCCCUCCAACCCGUCAAAAUGAAGGUCACCAUACUUCUUGCAUUGGCCACGGCCGCCGUUGCUGACAUCAUCAACAACGAGUACCUUAAGACCGAAGUCAUUACUGAGGCCAAGUGCUCUCGCGCGACCAAGGCUGGCGACAAGAUCCACGUCCAUUACCGCGGUACUCUUACAGACGGCACCGAGUUCGAUGCUUCAUACGGUCGUGGCUCGCCCUUGAGCUUCACCGUCGGCUCAGGCCAGGUCAUCAAGGGCUGGGACCAGGGACUUCUGGAUAUGUGCCCCGGUGAGAAGAGGAAACUCACCAUCCAACCCAAGUGGGCAUACGGCGAGCGGGGUGCUGGUCCUAUUCCCCCCAACAGCGUUCUGAUCUUCGAAUCAGAGCUCGUUUCCAUUGACGGCGUUGCAAAGGAGGAGCUCUAAACAUUAUAUAUGAUCUAUGAAUGUACACUCUACGGUUUCCAGUUGGAUAACUGAGUUAUGAGCAAACAACAAAUGCAAUACGAUGUCAUGAAAUAUAUGUCCAAGAGGACCUCACAUU